UUUUGGCUGAAGGGCGGUGUGUUCUCCCACGGCGGGCGCAGGUGCUGGCGCCAUGUCUUCCGCGCCAGUGGCAUCGGCGCCGUAUCGCCGGAAGUGCAGGUACGGCGCGAACUGCUACCGCAGGAGCCCAGGCCACGUUGCCAACUAUUCGCAUCCUGGCGAUCCAGAUUGGGCAAUGGAUAGUGGUCCGUGCAUUGCUGGAACAGCAGUGUACACCGACGGUCGUGGAUCCCUGUUGGGCGUGAUCGAGCAGGCGCCUGGUAUGGUGCGAUUUGUGGCUUUUGUUGCCGGCUGCGCCUGCAUCUUUUUUGCCCUUCUCCGGCUUGUGAGUUUCUUUUCAAUGCUCGACCCAGUGACGUACAUAUUGCAGGUGUACAUUCUCAUAUUUGCGUCGGUCACUAUGUUAUUUGAGGCAAGCCCAGAUGUGAUUGAGAUGUUGGGGCCUUUCAGCAAGUUCCAGGAUUUGUUGAUCCAGAACUGCCCCUUCCUCACAACAGCAUUCGGCCGAGGCCUCUUCUAUAUCUUUCAAGGGACUCUGUGGUUUUCCCUCGGCAAUGUCAAUUUGUUGGAAUGCGUGGCGGCGCUGUCUCUGUCUGCCGUGGGGGCAAUACACAUUAUGGUGCACUACGGCUGCAUUCCAGAGACCACCGCAGAGAAGACGAUCGGUGCUAUUCCUUCCUAGGUGACUCGCGCGGCAAGCCAGCACCCAACUCCGGAACUGCAGAUGGACGCCGAGUUUCUCUGGACCAGCAAAAGAUGCACCGCUUCGAAGCACAAGAAGCAUCAUCGGCGCAAAGAUGUUCUUACGUCCGUGCGGAUUUCUUGCAUCGGCACUGGACCCCCCCCCCGCGCCGCCAGGGGGGGUCAGGGCCGAGCCAGGAAGUCCGCGCGGACCUCCGACAGCGUACGCCC